AUGGGCACACUGAUGCGCGCACAGGCCCUUCCAAUUUACUUGGAUAAAAUGUUCAAUCAGUAUGUGGCUAUAAUUCUCUCUGUGACUUUUGUUCUAUUUUUUGGAGAGGUUAUCCCACAAACUAUAUGCACUAGAUAUGGACUUGCAGUAGGUUCCAACUUUGUUUGGCUUGUUCGGAUUUUGAUGAUAAUUUGCUACCCAAUUUCAUACCCAAUUGGAAAGAUUUUGGAUUGGGUAUUAGGACAUAAUGAAGCUUUAUUUAGGCGAGCUCAGUUAAAAGUCCUUGUCUCCAUCCACAGCCAAGAGGCCGGCAAGGGUGGUGAGCUUACACAUGAUGAGACAACAAUUAUUAGUGGGGCACUAGAUUUAACUGAGAAGACAGCUGAGGAGGCUAUGACACCCAUUGAAUCAACGUUUUCCUUAGAUGUCAAUUCAAAGUUGGACUGGGAGGCUAUGGGAAAAGUUCUUGCUUGGGGGCAUGGUCGAGUUCCUGUCUAUUCUGGGAAUCCGAAGAACGUUAUUGGACUACUUCUGGUGAAAAGUCUUCUUACUGUACGACCUGAAACAGAGACUCCAGUCAGUGCCGUUUCCAUCCGGAGAAUACCACGAGUUCCUGCCGAUAUGCCACUGUACGAUAUAUUAAACGAGUUUCAGAAGGGCAGCAGUCAUAUGGCAGCUGUGGUGAAGACUAAAGGGAAAAGCAAGCUAUUUCUAUAUGCAUAUUUAUAUUAUUUAGGCUUCUUUGUUUGA